AUGUUAAGACACCUCCUCACGAGCAAGCAGAUAACACAAAAGCAAUACGAACUCUUAAAACCUACACCAGAAGAUUGUGAACUACCUCAUCUCUAUUAUAAUCCGAAAGAUCAUAAAAUCGGAGAAUCUCUGCGUCCAAUAGUGAGCGGAAUGAAACGCCCUCAACGAUACAGACCAUUUCAGCAUAAUAAAGGUAAGUUCGUGAGACGCACAUAUGCCGAGGUGCUAGCUCGUCAAGAGCAACCACCGCUACUCAUGCACAUCAAUCCAUAUGACAUACUAUAUGAAGACCCGGCACCCGAACCAGAGUAUUACGAAGAAUACCAGCAACCGCAAAAGGUAAGGCAAAAAAAUAAUCGACCACAGGAACAACGGCGAAAGCAACAACCAAUAGCGGCCAACGACUACUUCCCGGCUAAUACAAUAAUAGAAACCGAUGACCUUUCGCCGAUCAAUGGUCAUCAUGAACAACCACCACAGGAAACCCCAGUCGGGCAAGCACAGGCUUCUCGUAUUUUGCGCCCUAUUCACAUCAUUCUCUCCUCAUCGAUGGCCUCUCGUAUACGGACAUUACAACUCUAUAAUCGAAAUAACCAUGUUCGCAUAAAAUCAAUUUCAGGUCACACAAUAUAUAAAUAUCAAGUAGAAAUUUCCAGUGGACAGUACAGGUAUUUGUUAUACGACACUGCAAGUCUGACAUUUGUAGUAGGCACAAAUGACAUCGCAUGGGACGAUGCAAAUACAGUAAUCGAUCGUAUAAAAACACUCAUAGAAACGACAAAACGACUUUAUCCCAAUAUAAAGCGUAUUUCAUUUGUAAAAAUUCAAUAUCGUACAAAAACCACAUCAUUCUACAAUCACUCCGUAACAACAAUGAAUAAAGAAAUAGAGCUGAGACGGCUUACACCCGAACUUUCAUGGUCGUCAACAAAUGGUGCUUACAUUUCUCCGAUAUUUCGAGAAACUUGUCCUGGCACUCCAAAAACAAAAUUCGAUUGA